AUGUUCAGCCUCAUUAGAUUACCACGAGUCUUCACCAUCAACCAAGUACCCAAAGUUUUCCAUGAGGACAGCAUCAUCUCUGGGUACCGACACCCCCGCAGCUCAGCCACUGACUGCGUCCUGAGCCUGUUCCAGCUGACCAAUGAGACGCUCAACAUCUGGACACACUUUCUACCCACAUGGUACUUCCUGUGGAAGCUGGUGACGGUGGUGCUGAUGCAGACGGCGUGGCAGGACUCCUUCACUUGGCCUCUGGUCAUCUUCCUGAUCACCUGCUGCAUCUAUCCGCUGGCGUCCAGCUGUGCUCACACCUUCAGCAGCAUGUCGGCUCGGGCUCGCCACAUCUGCUUCUACUUCGACUACGCUGCCCUCAGUUUCUACAGCCUGGGUUCAGCGACCAUCUACUCAGCGUAUGUUUUCCCGGACAAGUGGGUGAACGGCCUCUUCCAUCGGUGCUACCUCCCCAUCGCUCUGCUCAACGCGCUCGGCUGCACCGGCCUGUCCUGUUACUCCAGGCUUGGUUUACCAUUUCUCCAGUAUAAUCAUGACACCAUAAAGAGAUUCCCAGAGUUUCGGCGACCAAGGUUCAGCAAAAGUCUUCGUGUGAUUGCCUUUGCCUACCCCGGCCUGUUCGUCAACAUUCCUCUGUUCUACAGGGUGUUCCUGUGUGAAGGAGACGGAUGCACAGACAACGACACCAACUUCCUCCACUGCCACCACAUCGCCCUGGCCUUCCUCACAGGCUUCCUGUUUGCCACACAUCUACCUGAGCGCCUGGCACCGGGCAGCUUCGACUACAUCGGUCACAGCCAUCAACUCUUCCACGUGUGCGGUAUCCUCGGCACCCACUUCCAGAUGAAGGCCUUGGAACAGGACAUGGUGGCACGACGGCCUUGGCUCCUCGAUCACUCCAUCCCCAUCACAUUUUCCAACUCACUGGGCUUGGCGGUGGUUUGUGUGCUUCUGAAUUUGAUUAUCAUCGGCCUCUACAGUCUCCCGCUCAUCACUGCACCCGUCUGCCAACCAGAGAAAUAUGGUAAAAGUCUAAAUAGACUCCCGCACAAGGAAUGCGCCUGCAGCUAA